CAUAUAGUUCUUCCCUAUCCACCAAAACUUUUGAUUAAAUUCAUAACCAAAAUGUGGGUUCUUAUGGCUAUCAUUUUUGGUAUGAGUAUCAUAACCUGCCUCCAUGCCUUGAUAAAAUCCAAAUAUAAUGCAAAACUUCCAAAAGGUUCAAUGGGUUUCCCCAUUCUUGGUGAAACAAACCACUUCUUUGCUCCCAAUCCAUCAUUCGACGUAUCUCCUUUCAUCAAAGACAGAGUUCUCAAGUAUGGACCCAUUUUCAAAACAAGUUUAGUGGGGAAACCAUUGAUUAUCUCAACAGAUCCUGACCUAAACUAUCUCAUAUUCGAACAAGAGGAAACAUUGUUCGAAUGUUGGUAUCCAGAGACCUUCAAAAAGAUAUUUGGAGAUCAAUUCUUCGGAUCCUUGCAUGGCUUCAUGCAUAAGUAUCUCAAGAACAUGAUUGUUAACGCUUUUGGAAUUGAAUGUUUGAAAAGUAUGGUUUCUGAAGUUGAAGCUGCAGCAACUACAAGAUUAAGAAGAUGGGCAUCUUGUAAAGUAGUUGAAUUGAAGGAUGAAAUUGCAAAUGUAAUACUCGAUCUCACGGCAAACAAGUUGAUUAGUUAUGAUCCAGAAAAUUCACCAGAGAAUUUGAGAGAGAAUUUUGUUGCAUUCAUUCAGGGUUUGGUGUCUUUCCCUCUUGAUAUUCCUGGAACGGCUUAUCAUAAAUGCUUACGGGGUAGAAAAAGAGUGAUGAGGAUGCUGGAAAACAUGUUAGAAGAAAGGCAGCAAAAUCCAAGGAAACAAAAUGUUGAUUUUUUUGACUUUGUUCUUCAAGAACUUCAAAAGGAUGGAACACCUCUCACUAAAGAAAUCGCUUUGGAUUUGAUCUUUUUGCUUCUUUUUGCUAGCUAUGAAACCACUUCCAUUGCUUUAACUUUAGCUAUCAAAUUUCUCCUAGAUCAUCCCCACGUCUUGACCCAAUUAACUGAAGAACAUGAGGGAAUUUUGAAGAACAGGAAAGAUAAAGCUUCUGGGAUUACUUGGAAUGAAUACAAAUCCAUGACAUUUACAUUCAAGUUUUUGAAUGAGACAUUGAGGCUGGCUAAUAUUGCUCCUGGGAUCUUUCGAAGAGCAUUGAGAGACGUUGAGUUUAAGGGAAUUACCAUCCCGGCGGGAUGGGGUGUCAUGGUGUGUCCUCCAGCUAUCCAUUUGGAUCCAAAGCAUUAUGUUGACCCACUUGCCUUCAACCCAUGGCGGUGGGAGAGAUGUGAAGGGGCAUCGAGGCAUUUCAUUGCUUUUGGAAGGGGCUUGAGAUUUUGCAUUGGUGCAGACUUUGCCAAAUUGCAGAUGGCUGUGUUUCUCCAUAACUUGGUUACCAAGUACAGGUUCAAAGCAAUUGGAGGAGGUAAUAUUGUUCGAACCCCAGGCGUACAGUUUCCUGAUGGCUUUCACGUUGAGAUCGUGGAGAAAGAGAAGAAGCCCUCCAAAUACUAAACAAAACAAAAGAGUGUCAUGUAAUGCUUCUCAACAGUUAAAAGACUGUCCAAGUGGCAACUAUGUGUUUAAAUCAUAUAUUUAUGAUUAAACUAUUUCAUAA